GCAAGCUUUAACAAGCUAUGCAUUGAACAAUAGGUAUUUAAUCAUUAAUCAAAAAUUAUAGACAUUUAAAUCGUUAUUUCGAAAUAAGUUUACUUCAGUGCUGGUGUAGAUAUGGAUGCCGUUAUUCCAAUCAUACUGUUGCUAGUUGCUUUGGUAGACGGUAAGUCGUGUUUCUUGUCGGGCUAUUAUCUUUGUACGGGAUAUGAUUGGUGCUGUGCUGAUGGUUACAUUUGCACCGGGUCUUCAACCUGUUUAUCCAUUGGAACAUUAGUUGGAGCCUGCAUUGGAGCUAUAGUUGGUCUUGUUUUUUUCAUCGUCCUCAUAUACCUCUGCUGCAGAUCGAAGAAAGGUACCGUUGGAACUGUUGUAGCACAUCCAGGUGCCCACACCACAGUAGUUGGACAACAACAGUAUGGACAGCCAGCUUAUGGACAACCGCCUGCAUACGGUCAACCACAGUACUGACAACCAAGCAGUUUUGCACAGCCAGCCCCGGAUCUAGCAUAUCCACCCACUAAACAAUAACAUUUGUGCUACAGCUGCUGUUUCAGGAACUAGACGUUUAUUCUAUUUAUCGAUAUUUCAUUGUGUGUAUUUGAUUUUAAUACGUUCCCGUUUUACAGUAAAGAAAAUAAACGUAUGAUAGUAUUAUCCUGUUUCAGGCCUCUAAAUCAUAAAUCGCUAGAAUAGUAGAUUUAUUAAACAUAAACUUCCAAAAUAGACUUUCUUGUAAUUGUUAGCUUUAAGGGAGAUUUUAUACAGUAAGUUUGUGUACACCAACAAAUUUUACAUUUAAAUUAGAACACCCAAUUCAAAGGUAUACACAGGGGUUUUGAUGCAAAUAUUUACACUUUUUUUUUUAAAGUGAGUUAGCUGCCAAAUGCAUGAUCAUCGCAUUGACUCAAACUUUCAAAAUUAUUUUGUAACAUACUAUAAAUAAAGGUAACAGUAGUG